AGUGAUUUCUCAGCAGCCUCUUCAGCGGGUGUAACGAGAGAACAGCAAUCUUCUCUUCUUGUCGGACACUACAAACCUAUGUGCACCACACAUCCCUCCAGAAGAAGGGUGGAGAGUCUUGGAUGACGAUGGACCUUCCACCGGACAGGAUGAAGGCAGAGUGUGUGACAUCCACACCACAAGGCGUGAACUUCCUGGUCUCCCUUCCCAGCCAGCCCUCUGCUUCCUGUCUCCACCAUGGUGUUUGGUGAAUUUUUCCAUCGCCCUGGACCAGACGAGGAACUGAUCAACUUGAAUGUGGGGGGCUUUAAGCAGUCCGUGGACCAGAGCACCCUCCUGCGUUUUCCGCACACCAGGCUGGGGAAGCUGCUCACCUGCCACUCGGAAGAGGCCAUCCUGGAGCUGUGCGAUGACUACAGCGUGGCCGACAAGGAGUACUACUUUGACCGGAACCCGUCCUUGUUCAGAUACGUGUUGAACUUUUACUACACAGGGAAGCUGCACGUCAUGGAGGAGCUGUGCGUGUUCUCCUUCUGCCAGGAGAUCGAGUACUGGGGCAUCAACGAGCUCUUCAUCGAUUCCUGCUGCAGCAACCGCUACCAGGAGCGCAAGGAGGAGAACCACGACCGAGACUGGGAGCAGAAGAGCAACGGUGUGAGUUCCGACUCCUCCUUCGAAGAGUCCUCACUGUUCGAGAAGGAGCUGGAGAAGUUCGAUAAGCAGCGAUUCGGCCAGAUCCGGAAGAAGAUCUGGAUUCUCAUGGAAAACCCCGGGUACUGCCUGUCGGCCAAGCUCAUCGCCGUCUCCUCCUUGAGCGUGGUGCUGGCUUCCAUCGUGGCCAUGUGCGUCCACAGCAUGGCCGAGUUCCAGAAUGAGGAUGGGGAGGUGGAGGACCCCGUGCUGGAAGGGGUGGAGAUCGCCUGCAUCACCUGGUUCACCGGGGAGCUGGCCAUCCGCCUGGUGGCCGCGCCCUGUCAGAAGAAAUUUUGGAAAAACCCCCUGAACAUAAUCGAUUUCGUGUCCAUCAUUCCCUUCUACGCCACCCUGGCCGUGGAUACCAAGGAGGAGGAGAGCGAGGACAUCGAGAACAUGGGCAAGGUGGUUCAGAUCCUCAGGCUGAUGAGGAUUUUCCGAAUCCUCAAGCUCGCCCGGCACUCGGUGGGGCUUCGGUCGCUAGGGGCCACGCUGAGACACAGUUACCACGAAGUUGGCUUGCUGCUCCUCUUCCUCUCCGUGGGCAUUUCCAUCUUCUCUGUGCUUAUCUACUCAGUGGAGAAAGAUGAGCUCUCCUCCAGCCUCACUAGCAUCCCCAUCUGCUGGUGGUGGGCCACCAUCAGCAUGACGACUGUGGGCUAUGGUGACACCCACCCAGUCACCUUAGCCGGGAAGCUCAUCGCCAGCACGUGCAUUAUCUGUGGCAUCUUGGUGGUGGCCCUUCCCAUCACCAUCAUCUUUAACAAGUUUUCCAAGUACUACCAGAGGCAAAAGGAUAUGGAUGUGGAUCAGUGUAGUGAGGACCCACCAGAGAAGUGUCAUGAGCUACCUUACUUUAACAUUCGGGACAUUUAUGCUCAGCGGAUGCAUGCCUUCAUUACCAGUCUAUCUUCUGUGGGAAUUAUGGUCAGCGAACCCAAUUCCACAGACGCUUCCAGCAUCGAAGAUGAGGAUGUUUAUAAUACGGCAUCCUUGGAGAAUUGCACAGCAAAAUGAGCAAAAACGUUUGUGCCUGUAUCUUGUGUCUCUUCUUGAUGUUAGGUUAACACAGCUUUAUUAUAAACCUCAAUGGGUUCGUUAAAAUCAUUUAAUUCUCAGGGUGUACCUUUCAGCCAUAGUUGGACAUUCAUUGCUCCAAAAACUGAUAGAAUCGCCUUUAUUUUUCUCAAUGAAGUAAAUGAAAUGCCUUGCUCUGAAAUUUAUUUUUUACAAGAGAGUUGUGAUUAUGAUUUUGGGGAAAACAAGCCAAUGAUAUUGGGUGGAAUUUGCUGCUAUAGCUUAUAUGUCAUUCCGUGUUUGUCAUUUACUCACAUUGAGCUAAUUGUAAUUAACUGACAAGUAGAAUCAAAGGCCCAGCUGGUUGAAGACUACAUG